CAGGUUCGAGGGGCUCUGCCUGCUCUCCAUGCUGGUUAAAGACAGUUCCAGCGAUCUAUUCCAGCAGCACUGCCUGUCGUGGCUGCGCUCCCUGCAGCAGGUCAUACAGUCUCAGGCUCCAGUUGAGACUGUGCAGCUAGCAGUGAACAUUCUGAAGGACUUGCUGCAAUACUCGUCUCAGCUAGCAGAGCUGGCCAGAGAGGUUGGCCUCAACUCCAUCCUGGGCAUCCUCACAUCCCUGCUGGGUCUCAAGUCAGAGUGUGAGCUGGCAGCCAUGGAGGGAAUGACGGCCUGUAUGACCUACUAUCCGAGAGCGUGUGGAUCCUUGAGGGACAAGCUGGCAGCGUACUUCCUUUCCAAGAUGGACAGCACAGACAGGAAAACACAAGAGAUGGCCUGUCAGUGCUACGGUCGUCUGCCCUGCCUGGGCGGCGUGCUGGACAGAGGGGUCGGGGCUGGCAGAGCUGAGGGCUGGACCAAUCAGAUUCACUGCCUACUGGCCUCUGCCAAUGGCCUGCUGGCUCAGCUCUACCAAGGUUCAGAAACAGAUGGAGCGAUGCAGUAUCAAGGUCCCGGGAUGGAGCUGGCCUUUCCUCACCUGGACCCAACAGAUCCCCUGCUGCUCCUGCAGCUCCAGCACAGAUACACUGCUGUGUGCCUCGCACUCAAACACACACUUAGAGUAGAUCCCGCCUCAGCUGUGCGCUUGCCCGUCAGGCCAAUGCUCAACUUGGUGUGCCGAGCCCUUGCUGUCAGCUCCAAGAGCAUAAAUUUAACAGGAGAUGGAAGUGUGAGGCUGCUGGUCCUCCCCAUCAUACACAGCAUCACCCUGGAAGUCCUGUCAAGUGUGAUCACUGUAGUACGGGUCGGCAUGGUUCAGUACGCUGCAGUAAUACAGAGGCUGUUUUCUCAAACACUCUCUGCUUGGACCCCCCUACCUGAGACCAGUGUGGGACAGCAGAGGGCCUACAGUGCAGUGCGGGUGUCAGUGUACAGAACCUUGGAGCUGUGGGUCCAGGUUGCCGGAGCGUCUUCUAGCAUCCUUCAGGGAAGCCCGGGGCACUCGGAGCUCCUCUUUAACCACCUACUCGGGGACAUCACACCAGGAGCAGAGUCUGUCAAGCUCCGGGCAGGACUAUCGGCUGAUGUUGUUCCUGGAGGAAAGCCCGGCCCUCGUAGGACGAAGCAUUUGGUGAUGGCAGAUACAGUCGGGCCAUCGCUGCAGAGGAAAGGAGACCAUCUAGCCAAUCAAGAUACCUGCCUUGCAGCUGUCAGGGCACUGAGACAGAUUAUACAGACCAGUGGGACGCUACUGAAGGACAACAUUCACAAGCGGCUCCAUGAGGUGGUUCUACCACUGUGUGUGCGCCUGCAGCAGCAGCAGUCUUGCAGCAGCAAUGCAUGUGAAUCUGCAGGGAGCGCGAGUGGGCAGUACAGCAGUGCUCUGACUCGACGAGAACUGUACAGGUUAUUGCUGGCCCUGGUCCUGGUCCCCUCACCCUGUUGGCCCCCACCUCUGACCUGUGCUGUGUCAAUCCUCAGUAACGGGCGCACCGACAGGAAUGUUAAGGUGUCUUCGUUCUGCGCGGAGGCCUUGACCAUCUGUAACUUGAUCCUUCAUCCCCGCUUUCCCUCCAUCGCCCUUCCUUUGCCACCUCUCACCAUGAAACCUUCCUCCACCACUCCGGUCCUCCCCUCUUCCCAGGGACCUGCCCCUGGAUUAACCUUGCCAACCCUGCUUGGAGGUCCUGCCCCUGGCCCUCCUUUUCCCGCCCGUCACUCUGUCAACCUGGGCCCUGCUUCCCUUCUGAGCUCUUUUGAGAACCAUCUGUCUCUGGUUCCGGGACUUCCAGGCCAGGGUCCGACUGCAGGAGACAUGAUUCUGUCCCCACAUUCGCACCACCAGCCUGAUCCUGCAGGCCUGGGCCCUCCGGAGGGACAGAGACCCGUGUUUGUGCGUUUUGACAAAGAGGAAGCCGAAGACGUCGAGAUCUCUCUGGCAAGUGACUCGGACGACAGCGUGGUCAUUGUUCCUCCGGGUAUGCUUAACAUGGAGACUCAGCAGGACGACGCAGCAGCAAACUCACAGAGCAUGUCCUCCUCUGCACCGGGUGGCACUGGUGUGACACUCGCAGGUGCAGAAUCUGUCACCAUGGUCCCAACUACGGCAGCCGCAGCCACAAUAGACGGGGUCUCUCUGCCCAAUGCCCUGGCUGCCUCUUCCCCCCUCCUCACUGCUUCCACCACCUCCAUCAACUCCUUUCCUCCUUCCAGUGCCUCGGUGGUCUCCCUGGUUCCACCUUUGAACUCCAGCACCUUUACAGCUCCACCUGUUGGUCUGGGGGAGUCAUUGCCUGGCAGACCGCAGCUCCAGCAGAUGCUUAUGCAGCCCUCGACGGCAAGCCAGGCUGGUCCCAUGGGGUUACCGCUCCAGAUGCACCUGCAGAAUCAAUUAAGUCAGCAGGGUCGGCACCUCCACCAGCAACCAGCUGCUGCUGCCAGCAGCGAAGAUUCUGCUGUCAUCAAUAUUAACAGUACUGAUGAUGAAGAGGAAGAUGAUGAGGACAUAGAUGAAGAUGAAGAGCUGGAGGAGGAUGAGGAGGAGGAGGGGAUAGAUGAGGAGGACGAAGAGGAGGAUGUAAGUGAGUUAGCUGAUGAGUUUUUUGAUGGGGAGGAAUAUGAGGAGCUGGAUGAAGAAGACGGUGAAGAUUUGGAGGAGGAGGAAGAGGAGGAAGAAGAGGAAGAGGAUGGCGACAUACCGCCUCUGGAGGGAGUCGAAGACAAAGACGGAGGGUCGGGGAUUCAGGAGGGGAAGCUGGAUGAGGGACGGAUUUCUGCAUUUAAUGUGGAGGAACGCACAGAAGGAGGGAUAGAGGAGAUCCAAACUAACAGGGCGCUGUUCGGAGAGGACACGAUGAAGGUGCAGGAGGUGGAGAGCAUCGGAGUCCUCGAAGCGGCUCGGGAGGGCGAAGUAGAAGAGGAGGACAACGAAAGGAUGGAUGACCCCACCAUGCCGCAGAUCCUGUGUGUCACCGGAGGAGCGUUGGAGGAGCGAGAGGAGGCCGAGGAGGAGAGGGAGCAAGCCGGAGCAGAGCUGCAGAAAGAGGAGUGUUCGUGGGAGCAGGGAGCCAAGGAGGACGAGCCGCAAGCAGCGGAGUCCGAACAACCGGCCAGUCAACAGCAGGAAUCAGCAGCUGAGCCUGCAGAGGACGCCAGCGUGAGCGAUAACCAGCUGCCCAGCUGUGAGGACGAACCGCUCGAAGCUGUUCAAGCAGGAGACUCGACAGCAGUGGCAGACUCUGAAAACGCAACAGAACCAAAUGUGACAGAGAAACAGGAAGAAGACACUGAGAAGAGCUCUGAAAAGGAAGCAGAGCAGCCGGAGACGGGAGCAGGGGGAGGGCAGGAGAGUAAUGGAGAGGAGGGAAAAGGAGUGAAGAGGAAGAGGGAGGAAGGACAUGGAAAAGAAGAGGUGGGGCAAAGCCCAGAGAAGAAAAAGAUGGACGAUGAAGCCAUGGCGUCAAUGUUGGCUGAUUUUGUGGCGUGUCCACCUGAUGAUGAAGACGGUGCUUCUGGAUCAAAAGCCUCAUAAAUAUUUGCCAACCUGAAAUGAAAUUAACACUGAUCUCUGGCUUCUGUGAGCAGAAUCUGGCAAAACAUGUAUCGUUAGUCACAUUCCCAAGGUUUAGUUACCUCAAACAUCAUGCUUUACAUCGCGUGUCACAGCAGUUUAAUAUGGCGUUCAGUCUUUUAACCAUCGGGACCAUUUCUGGCUGGUCCGACUUUCAUACCCGGGUUAUAAUUGGCUGUCAGGUGUAAGAGAACUCUUUUUCUACGGUGGACCCAGUGUCCUCCCAGCAAGGAGGCAAAGCUCCGUGAAAUGUGUUAACCUGAUGACUUUGUUGUUCUUUACAGCACAAGUAUCUUCCAGCUAGUUUGCAGUUUUACUUUUGUUUGUAUGCAUCUUUUUUGCUCUCAUGGUUUGGCAUCAACAUCAUGCUUUGUUAAAAAAAUAAAAUGUACUUCCAUUA